AUGAAAGUUGCUUUCGUUCUGGCCUUGUGCCUAUUGGUGGGUGCAUGUGUCCACUCCAGUCCUUUGGACUUGUCUUCGCAGGAUGUUGCUGAGAUUAACCAGGAUGCUGUCCAGAUCAAUGAGCGAGGUGUGGCUGAGGAACGGGAGGCUCUCAAUGACGAAGACAUGGUGGCAGAUGAGCUGUUUGAUGACGAAGAUGAAGAUGCCAUUGACGAGACCUAUGAGCUGGAAACUGAAGACAACGAGAGUUGGUACAAGGGUAGAGGUGAUGAUAUCGAGGUGCAAUCUAGCGCCUCUGACAGUAAUGAAAGGGAUGGCGGUGACUCAAGCUCCGACGAUGGCGGAAGUCGCGAGAGAAACCGCAUAACUGCUAGCCGUCGACGCAGCAGCAACCGAAUCCGCAGCAGCAGCAGCCCACGCGGCAGCAGUCGCCGCAGCAGCCGACGCAGCAGCCGCAACAGCAGCCGACGCAGCAGCCGACGCAGCAGCCGAGGCAGCAGCCGAGGCAGCAGCCGACGCAGCAGCCGACGCAGCAGCGGAAGCAGCAGCGGAAGCAGCAGCCGUCGUAGCAGCCGACGUAGCAAUCGGAGAUCUGGUAACCGUCGCUCAUCCCGUAACAAGCACUAA